GUGGCGAAAAUAGCCAGCGUGACAAAGAUGCUUAAGCCAGAACUGGUGACCCAGCAGGUGCAUUAUCGAUCAAAGGCGCUACCUAAAAACGUACAUCUUCUCUCCGCGCACAAUGGCAAGCCGCAGGGUAAGUCUGGAUCCUCUUCAAUUCUCGCUAAAUGAACUAACGUACGUUACUCAUUGUAAACUUCGUUGGUUAUGAAGACUUCCUACAGAAACGAAGCAUGGUAGUGUGUGUAUGCGGUGAGUAGAAGGCAGCUGUGAAGCUGAUACAAUCGAAUCAAAGCAACGUCAGUGCUCUCAUAUUGCUUAUUUUCGUGAAAUGAGUGAUACUUCAACCCAGUGGAACCUCAAAUGUGUUUACUUAGCUCAAUUUUUUAUCUCCCAGAGCGUGAAGACGAAAUGGACAUUUCAAAGUUUUUCCAGACCUGUAGCAGACUAUAACAACAAACACCAUGUGACAGAACAUUUGUAUAUGCUCCGUAAAUAGCCUAGAGGGCUACCUGGAAGUUAGGCAUAGUAAUUCCAGAUAGUUGCUAGGAAGCACAGAAAUAUUGGUUUUCGAAAACUUAAAAAGUCUCCAUUUUAACCCCAUUCUUCUUGUAUUAUAAUUAUGCUCUUCCCAGGUAAUUAUAAUCAUAUACAGCGGUGCAGAAGAUAUAUUAAAAAAAAACAAAAGCAUUCGGUUUUUAAAGUCUGCUCUCUACUCAGUUUUGCGUGUUACCUUAAAUCGAGCUACUCUAACGAAUCUUCCAGAUCGCUGUGAUAUAAAAAUGUUUGUUCUUUACACAUGAUCUAUUGUAUUGCGAUAUAGAAGCUUAGAAAUAUCUCAUGUUUAUCAAAAUAAGAACACUUCAUACCUUAAAUUCUCACGAUUCCGUGAUACUGCCCUGUAUCUGUCUUUAAACACUUACGAUCAUCUAAACCUUUCGCAUUUGAUAUCUUGAUCCUCGUUUUCUGCUCUCGUGUGGCUCCUAUUACUAGCCACAUCCCUUUUGGCCUUUGUUUAGCUUGGAAUUUUCAUCUGCAACACUAAAUCUCUAAAUAUUUCUCUGCAGUUAUUAUGGAAAUGCUCACAUACAUCGAAUAUAAGUAGACGAAUGGGUGCUUCAUCUGUUGAGUGUACCUCUAAAAUGUUUGGGUUCUGUCUAACGAUGGCUUAACAGAAAUAUUGAAAGCUGCCAUAUAAUUUUAUCUACGGAUUCUCGGCCAGUGAAUGAACAAACAUAUUCUAUAAUUAUAAAGAUAAGUGAUUCCAGCGUUUUGGUUUAGUUAAAAAGCCUAUAGGAACAGUUCUUCACCAGACCGCACCGGCGUUUACGACAGUCAGGUGAAUGAAUGUCGGCAAAUUUGAUCAAUUGUAAAAACUUGCAAGCAAGAAAAUAUGGCGUCGUCAUUCAAAUCACUAGAAUUUAAGGGAAGAUCAACGAAUCAACGGAAUAACUUAAUGGCUACGGAGCAACGUAUUGACAGAAUAUCCGUCGGGAUCGACCGCAAUAAGAAGAAAUUUUCAAAUCAGUGUUGCCACGCGAAGAUAUACUCGACACUUAUUACAGCUCAAACAGCUGACGAUAGACGUUGUUUCCGUUGCUUUGAGGUCCGAUUAGCAGCGUCAUCUGAGUCUCCAGUUGAGCCACUUCGUAGAGAUCUUGAAGCGUUCAUCCAAACUAUGAGCCUUACAGAUAAUAGCGAACCUGGCGAAUACAAGGAGCGAUUACACACUCUAUUGGAUCAACUUAACGAUCAUGGCAAUUCUAUUGGAACUUAUAUUUUCACUGAGCUAUCACACGUUCUAAUAAAUCGAACACCUUUAGCCAACCUCGUUAGUCAAGCAAUGCUUCAUAUCGUGAAGCAGCUCAAGGCGCACCACGUUCCGCGGCCUCUUAUUCUCAAUUUUGCUGCUAAAAUGAAGAACAUACCUGAAGAUAGUCAAGCAUUCAUAGUCCACAUAAUAGCUGAAGCGCAUCGCAAGGGCGUAAUUUCCGCCGUCGAAAUUCGAGGUGCCAUCCCAGCACUACUAAAGGUGUCGCAUUCGCAUGACAUUCUCCCGCAGCUUGAACUGCUGUCAACGGAAAUCAUCGACAUUGACAAAAGGUAUUCCAGCAUUAUAGUAGAAGCCUUUUUAGCCGGCAUCGAGCUUGACAGAACAGUGGGCCCACCCCAAGAAACGAUUAAUAUUGUUUCUUAUAUCGCUAAGCAACAACCGCAUGUGAUGCUGCCACCAUCGACUGAUUUACUGGUCACUCUGGUAGAUGCAUUCGCAUCGACAAGCACGAUAAAUUUCGUGUGUGAUACGCUACGGAUUAUGGCAAAGACUCUUGAAUCGGCCGCGUUUAUAGGUAGACAUGGUAUUGAGUUGCGUUUGUCUGAAAUCGUCUGCGUUGCCAUUGAGGGUCAACUUGUGCUUACUGCCGCACAAUGCCUUUUGGAUCUCGGAUCGUAUGACCCGUGUUUCGUAGAUGAAGGAAAUCCGGACGAGUUGUUCAACCGAAUGACGGAAGUCCUCGAACACUGCACGUUUGAGCUAAGUAUUAUCAUCAUUGGCAUAUUGGAGAUUCUAUUUGAAUGCAAGCAGCUGAAGCCAAUCAAAACCCAUAAUGUGGAAAUUCUUCAAAGAUAUUUGUUUGAAAAACUGCAUCCUGAUGAGAACAGAAUCCUGCCGUUUGCUCGGUUUUCUAUAAAACUAUUGAUAUCUGACAAGUUGCCAAUGAUUACUUCUCCUGAACACAACGUCAUUCUUUUGGAGGGCUGCGUCAAAGCACGUCAAUAUUCGGAGAGGGAUAUAGAAAUUGAAAGCAUCGUUAGAUGCACCGAACGUAUAAUAGACGCCUGUCUAAACACACCAAAUAUAGAUUUAUCUAAGCUUAUCGAAAGCACCGUUGCUAAAGUGUUUGCAGAACUUAAUAGGACGCGAAUGCCUUGGAAAAAUAAAGACUGGAUCCUUCUACUGAUUUCUAAGUGCGUCCAAAUAAUCAGAACGAUAAAAGCACCGAUGAAACUUUUGAAUUCCUGUCUGUCUUUGGCGUGGCGUUUCCUUCAAAACUGUAUUGAACCUGCAGAAGGACGUGCCUAUAUUGCGAGCCUAGUUUGCUACUUAGAUUCUCGAGAAGAUCCUCUACACGUUACUCACGAUAUAGAGAGGAUCAGUGACGAGUGUCUUACCCCUGCGGAAGUCUACUAUAUACUGCUAUUGGCGAAAAUGGACAAAACAAGUAAAUCAAACAAUGCUAAAAAGAGCCUUCAGCAGCUUAAGGAAAUUUUGAACGGGCACUCAGAUUCAUGGGGCGCCGCUUGCGUUUCUAAAGUUAACAUUAUUAAGCGCCUCCUCGUCGAAAGGCCAGAUUGGGCUGAGGUUGUUGUGAACGCUUUAGAGGCUGAACAUAAGCUUCUAGUGGAAAUGCUCGAUGCAGAUUGUGCACAUCUAAUAUUACCGUAUCUCGUUGAGGUUAUGUCGAGAUGUCCCGCAGGUGAGGUUGGUCAACUUAUCGCAACAGCCAACGAUCUCCUUUUUGUGGCCGCCCGAAUGGAUAGACCCCCCGACAAACUUCCAUUAAUCUGCGUAACACUAGCUAAAAUAUAUCAAGACUAUCCAUUACUAACUAUAGCUUCAUUACUAAUAAGACUAAUAAAGCUGGAAUCCAAUGCAGACAUUUCUAGACAAACAAUCGAGCGCCUUUCCGAUAAAACGACGUUCAUCGAUAAGUUGAUAGAAGCCAGUACCUGCUGUACGAUUCGUUUGGAAUUAUUGUAUAUUUUGAGCCCUGUGAUUGAGGCUCGAAGAGCAUGCUUGUCCUGGGUCGAACUAAAGGAACUGUGGCAUAUUUCAGCACAACGAGAGCAACAAGAAGCGUCGAACAUAAUCUCGCUAAUCGUGUUUGAAACUCUAAAAAAUGACUCUGUUUUUCUAGUGCAGCCUCAGCCCACAAUUGGAGAAUUUCGAGAAGCUUGGAUGCGUCUACUUGAAUCUACUAGUGAAUGGUUGUUUAGAUCUGCUCUAAACUUUCUCCACCCGUCAGCGCCCAAUUGGAUGUGGGAGCAGGCCAUGUUCGAGUUACUCGCUAAUUUGCAGGAAGAUCCGAAAACAACUAGCAUGCCUAAAGUAUUUACAGCAUUGCUCUUGUCAAAAUGCGUUUCACAUCAGAGCUUCACAACGAUGAAAUGGGGAAUUCUCGCGGCGCCCUGGUUAGCUGCUGCCAGAAACGAGUUACCAGAACAUCUGUGGAAUGACUGUGCUAACGGAUUAAGAGAGAUAAACGAAAAUACAAAUGUUAACACUUAAGAAACUCAAAAUUAGCCUAUGAUGCAGCCCUUCAGGUUGUCAGUGUUUCAUGAACGGCACCGGACGACAAUUUUUACACGUGGACCGACAUACACACGUUGUUGAGGGCUUCCACUUUCACGAUCUGUUAAAACGUAGUUGAAUGAAAAACAAUAACUGUUCUAACUAUACCUCUAAAAUGUUUUUGAUAAAUUAAAACUCAGGACUAAGGUAGAGGUGUCGACAUUAUUAACAUAGUCUACUGAUACUUCUUGUAUACCUAUUGCUAGUAUAACAAAUCUAUUGCUAGUAUAACAAAGGCGGCCCAAUUGCCCAAUAGUGAUUAAAUUUUAAUGUCGUCGGACAUGUCGUCAUACCUACACGUCUGGUGAAGUUUACAAUAAGUCUAUCAUCGUCUUUACGUUUGAGGCAAAAUAACAUAAUUUAUUUUUAGUUUGACCAUCUACUUAUCUAAACUCAGUAGUGUUUUCUCGGUCUCAUUUCGUUUUCUUCCUCAUGUAGGAAUAAUUCUAGCAAACAACUUUGUGAAGAUCUUUCUUCAUCGUUUAGCUAUGCACUUAACGCGAGACACAACAUAGUCUAUGCCGCUCUCAACCAAAGUUUUCUUCCUCGACUCUAUCGUACUGCUCGACACUGAUCGAGAAUAAUAAAUAUAUUCAGCCCUGCAGAUCCAGGCAAGGCCUCGUCCGAACAACAACCGACUAUUGUCGAUUAUGUGUUUCGUAACUACAGCGCUAAACUGUCUAACGGCCAACAUAUUUAUUUACCUUGUCCUAAAACGUGCACAUAGUUAUUUGUCGGUCAUAUCUUUUUGUUCCAUCAGAUCAUAGAGCAUUCGUUUAUUUCACGUAAUUUCUGUCGACCCUC